CAUUGUUUUGUGCAUCAUUCGUGGGUUGCAGUAGCUGAGCUAUCAGUUCGCGAAUACGCUUGGAUUUCUGUGUCUGCCUCUCGUUCGCCUUCGCCGUUGGUGACUCACAUCUGAGAUUUCGCUGGCUCUCAUUCAGAAAACUCCCAAAUUUGGUCAAAUUGGGAGGCAAGGGGUUUCACACUCUACACCUCUGUUUUAGCAGCAAGAGGCGCGGAGCUGCAACGACGGGUGGGAUGACGGCCCGAGGUCCACUGCUGAAGGAUGAGCUCGACAUUGUGAUCCCGACCAUCCGGGACCUGGCGUUUCUGGAGCAGUGGAGGCCAUACCUGAGCCCCUAUCACCUGAUCAUCGUGCAGGAUGGCGACCCCACGAAGAAGAUUCACGUGCCGGAGGGGUAUGACUACGAGCUGUACAACCGCAACGACAUCAACCGGAUUCUGGGGCCCAAGGCGUCGUGCAUCUCGUUCAAGGACAGCGCGUGCCGGUGCUUCGGGUUCAUGAUGUCGAAGAAGAAGUACAUCUUCACCAUCGACGACGAUUGCUGGGUGGCGAAGGACCCAUCGGGGCACGAGAUCAACGCGCUGGAGCAGCACAUCACGAACUUGUUGUCGCCGUCGACGCCGUUGUUCUUCAACACGCUAUACGACCCGUACAGGGCCGGAGCAGACUUCGUGAGGGGGUACCCGUUCAGCAUGCGCGAGGGCGUGGCGACGGCGAUCUCGCACGGGCUGUGGCUGAACGUGCCGGACUACGACGCGCCGACGCAGCUGGUGAAGCCGGCGGAGAAGAACACGCGGUUCGUGGAUGCGGUGAUGACGAUUCCGAAGGGGACGCUGUUUCCGAUGUGCGGGAUGAAUCUGGCGUUCGACAGGGAGAUGAUCGGGGCGGCGAUGUACUUCGGGCUGAUGGGCGACGGGCAGCCGAUCGGGCGGUACGACGACAUGUGGGCGGGGUGGUGCUGCAAGGUGAUCUGCGACCAUCUGGGGUUCGGGGUGAAGACGGGGCUGCCAUACAUCCACCACAGCAAGGCGUCGAACCCGUUCGUGAACCUGAAGAAGGAGUACAAGGGGAUCUUCUGGCAGGAGGAGAUCAUCCCCUUCUUCCAGCAGGUGGUGCUGCCCAAGGAGGCCGUCACCGUGGAGCAGUGCUACAUCGAGCUCGCCAAGCAGGUUGGGGAGAAGUUGAAAGGACUGGACCCGUACUUCACGAAGCUGGCGGAGGCCAUGGUGACCUGGAUUGAAGCGUGGUCAGAGCUCACUGGGUCAGAGAAAAAUGCCACAGGAGCAGCUCCGAAGUCUAGUUUAAAGUAGGUAUAUAAAUAUAUAUAUAUAUAUAUAUAUAUUGAUAUCGGUGAUAGUAUUUCCGCGAUAUGAUUUGAGGCAUUUGUUUUAGUAUGUGUUUCAGGCAAUAUAAUGGACUUGAAUGUCCUUAAUCGGCAGUUACAGUUUUGUUUGGAAAGCAGUAUUUUUAUCAAAAUAUCGCUUUUUUUCUUGCA